UGUAUCAAUAAUAGCUUGCACACUAGUAAACUAAGCCAAUUUAGCAUAUUUUAACUUUCUGUGCAAAGUCAUAAUUACUGAAAAAAAUUCCAAAGUCAGGUCAGCCUGUGGCACCCUCCACUGAACAUAACAGAAGGAAAAAAAAACUUGACCCGUGACCUUCAUUAAAACAGAAUUUGCUUUUGUUUUUUUUUCAUUUUUAGUAAAUAUGUGCUUAAUCUUACCCAAUAAGUGAUAAAAAUUUGAAAAUUAAUUUUAAUUACUGUUGUAAAGUGAGAUAAACAGCUUAAUAAACACGUGUUUUCUUGAGGGGGUGUGGCACAUCCCGACAUCGCAUUGUUUGUAACUUUAUAUUUGUGUUUUAUGACUAUAUUUGUUCACAAUCAGCAUGCUAUGCUUUUAAUUUUGAUAAAGGGUAAGUAUACCAAGUUACAAAACCUGAAAUCUAACUAAUAAUUCAUACUUUCAGUUUAAAAAAAUAAUGAAAACGAUCAUCAAUGAAGAAAGCGUAAACAUUCUAUUUUUAGGUGUGACAUAAAAAACAGUCAUAAAUCUAGCCGAAUGAUUGGAUUCUUGCGCGUCACACAUUUUCCCGCGCUUCGUGUUCACCAAAAAAGAUUAUAAUAAAAUGGCAUUAUUAUUCUUACAGAGCAUAUCUCAUGCCUACCAUAAAUUAUUACCAGUUUAUUGUAACGUGUGUAAAAUUAAUGCUUUCAAGUAAAAAAUAGCAAUAGUCUGGUUAAAAAUACCUGCGGUAUUUUAUAGUUAUUUGAUUCGAAAGAUAAGAAUUAUAUAGAGCUACUUUCACUAAGGCGCCGCUUGCGAGACAAACAUAGAAAUUAGGCCAAAAGUAGAUCCGACAAUUCUUAAAUAACAGACUUAAAUAGAAACGGAUAGUUCCGAUUUCUUAAAUUAACGAUGGCUUCGUAAUCAUUAGUUUUAUCGCUCUACCCAUUAGUGAAAGCGAAACUGGUCGCCAUUUUUGGUAAGCGCAUGAGCCGUGAGAUGGCUUCAAAACAACAAACCCGGAAGCUGUGAAUUCGAACGGCCUACUUUUGGGCCUAUCUAAAUUGGAAUUCUAAAACUAGUACUAAUGGAAACUCAUCAGAGUUUUGAAAGGAUUUCAACACUAGGCAGAUUCUACAUCUAUGCCAUACAUGGUUAUGCCACAGAAGUUAUGUUCACAGCAUUAUGGGAGUUUGUGGUCAACUUAAAUUGGAAGUUCCCUGGUAAUACCAGUGUUUGGUCUUUUCCUAUAUAUGGGUUAUCCAGUUUAAUGUGUGAAAAGCUAUACAUUUACAUGAGUGCGCGGGGCGUACCAUUGAUUGUAAGAGGUUUAGUCUAUACAUUCUGGACAUAUUGCUGGGAAUUCAGCACAGGGUACAUUUUAAAACAAUUUGGAGCCUGUCCUUGGGAUUACACGCCAUUUCAUGGAGACUUUAUGGGCCUUGUAACUUUAGAGUACGCUCCCUUGUGGUUUCUUGGUGCCAUAGUCCAUGAGCAGCUUAUCAUGUACUACUCACGAAGAAUAUUCUUUGGCCCUGCUGUUGAAGAGGGAACUAAACGGAAAAGUGACUCCACAUUGGCAAAUGGAGAAAAUAAAAAUAAAUAAAAGUAUAGGGCCUUUUUAGAUAUAUUUAUGGAACAACUCAAGUAUGUUAAUUUAUUUAUUAACUUAUUGUACUUCUAAAAACACUAAAUAGAAACAUUUUAUUAGUCAAUUGUAAAAAGGUUUUAUAAUAAAACCAAUAUAAAAGGAAUAAUUAAAAGAUCAUUAAUGACAUAUGGCUGUCCUUAAAGAAAUGGAGGCCCACUGCUUCAGAAAUAACUAUUUAAUAAUCUGUGAGUCUAUACAGCUUAAAAUCUAUGAGUCUAAAAAUGUAGUUCAACACUACCCAAGGAGUGGUCCCAUCAUCAAGCCUUUUGUUUUGAUUAAGAAUGGUUGUUACAAAAAAUAGCCCUUGAAUUUUAAAAUUUUUUUUACAAAUCAUGACUUAACUGGUUAGUGUGAGAACAAUGUAAUGAAGCUUGUAAGUAUAUCAGCAAAAUUAAGACUAAUUCAUUAGCGGAGAUUAUUUUUGUUACAUUGUAUAUCUGCCUUUUGUGGGUAACUGCCAUGCUGACUAUUAUCUUCCACUGUGACAAUGGAAAUUAAUCGCAUGCUUGUUACACAAUUUAGUAUCUUAUAGACUUGUAAUUUGCACAUGUUAAUACAAUUUUUAAACAUUUCCAAAUAACACCCACUACCAGUGUAAAUAUAAAGCAUACUCUGUGAACAUUUUUUUUGUGGUCAAAUUGUUACAAAUAAUAGGUGAUAGCAUUUAGAAUCUUAAAGCAGACUUUGUUUGUAGAUUAGGGGAUGCACUUAGAGAUUUGUGUGCUAGUGCUAAUAUUUGUGGCAUUUGAAGUAACUUUGUAAGGUAAGGUAACGGUCGUGAUCAUUUAAAAGGGCAAGUCUGUCAGAAAAUGAUAUACAUGAAUGAUUGACCACGCAGCAAAUUAUGCUGACACAAACUUGGUCACAUACAAGAAAGAAGCUCCUCUAGUAGAAGAAUCAGAAAAUGUUUAUACGUAACAAUCGUAACACAAAGCUUAUAUAAAAUAAUAAUAUUUCCUUGUUUUAAGCAUUUAAUCUGCGUGUUCAUCAAGCUAAACGUUUUAAUAAUGUUUUUAAAUGUUAGUUGGGCCAUUGUUUUCCAUCCAAAUCUUUUUUUGUCGUAGAAAAACUGCAAAUGUUGCUCAGACGCUUUUGGAAUUAGAAAUGCAUUUAUGAUUGUUUUAAAUUUCUAAUUCGUUUUCCGAAAGACAAUACAAUGAAUCUGGUGCGUUUGGUUUAAAUGUAAUUAAAUAUGAUCUUUUGAGUCACAUUAAUACAGUAUAGUGUAUAAAGCUUUAUCAUUACUCUCACUAGCAGAUAUUUAUUUAAUGAAUAUAAACACUACAGGAUCAGUUUUGUUCCAUAAGAUUUUCUCAAGAAAUUACUUAUUAGAUUAAUCUGCUGUAUCAAUCCUUCAUAACAUCAGUCUACCUGUGAAGUACUUGACUUUUAUCCCUAGAUUAUUGUAGUCACUCUUAUGUUUGUGUGUUAAGUUAAAGCCCUGGUUACUCAGUUAAUUAAGGUCCAGCCAUAUCUGUUUUAGAUGCCAAAAGCUUUUACGAAAUUUUUCAGGCAGAUUGUGUUGUAUUGUAAAUGUUAACUUGCUGGUAUUUUUUUUAUCAUUAGUUUAAACCACAGCUCAGCAGCUGUAUGAGCUACAUCCACAAUGUUAAUUUUCUGGUAGUUAAAUAUAAUUAGUUAAAACUUAAAGUAACCAGUGUUUAAGCUUUAGCCAUAAUGUUAACUUGGUAGUUUUGUAACAUAACUUAACAUGAUAAUGUAUGCAGUGUUUCUUCCAGACUUUGUUUCUCUGGAGGGGGGGGGGGGUAGACUUUCUUCUUGGGAGAAACUCUGAAUGUAUGACAAGUAAGGUUUGGAAAAAAAGUGAGCAGUUUACUGCUUAGAUAAUUGUUAUGCUAAUUUAUAUUUGGCGCAGAGCAGGACAAAGUAAGAUAGUUUCAUGAAAAACCUUUCAUUUAUUAAAGUAGGCCACCUUUUGAAGUAUAAUGCUGCUGAUGUAUUAUUUAAUUAAACUAAAUCAAACAAUUGAUGCUCUGUUAAUAUUUAAAAGUUUCUUAAAAAUCCGGUGAAAUGCACAAACUAAAAUUAGAUGAGCCAUAUAGUUGUAAAAUUGUGUGCGCAGAUUCUUGUAUUAAUUAAUGUUGUUCUUCUGUGCUUGUAGGAAUUUCUUUUCUAAGCAUAAUGUAUCUUAUAAACAUUGUUUGAUGCCAAAUCUGUAAAUUAAUUGUAACAUUUUGAUGUGGCUUGUAUUUUUUAUUUUUGAGUGAUUUGUUCAAGGGUUUAAAAAAAAAAGAGAUUGUUUACACUUUUUGAAAACUCUCAGCUCCCUAAGGGCUGUGCACUGUUCUAACUUUAUAUUUAUAUACUCUGUAAAAAUGUUUUUCAUAUAGUGAUUCGCUAAGAUACUUCUACAAAACAUGGCAGAGUUGUAUAAUAAUUGACAAGAUUUAGUCUUCAUAAUACAUGCAUUGGUGUAUCCAGCUGUCUAAAGUUAGUUGCAACUUUUGGUGAUAGUGCACUCAUGUCACUUUCAGUGUUUGUUUAUAUGCAUAUAUAUAACAUAGAUUUACAAAUAUAUAUUUACAUACAUUAUUUUGGAUGGAAUUGAACACACACUGCCCCUCCCCCUCUCCAAAUAUCUAAGUUCUGCCUACACCACUGUAUUCCUGUAAUGUAUUUUUCAAUUUUUUACUGGGGCAUUUAAAAAUUUAAAAAUUAAUGUUAGAUAGUAAUUUUUUUAUAAAAUAAUUUUCCACUUUAUAAAAUUUUAAAAGAUUAAUGUAACACUUUAAAAAUGUGACUAGAAAAUGUUUAAGCUGCAACAUGUUUAACAGCUUUGUUAUCAAAAGUAAAUAUUUUGUAAAAAAAAAAGUUUUUCUACACAAUGACAAUUUUGUUCAUGUUUAAAAUAAUCAUAUUUAUUUAAAACAGAUGAAUUCACCUGCCCAAUAACUAUCAGAUCCUAAAGGAUACUGUGUUGUUUUUUUCUACGAUAUUUGCCAUAUUUUUUUUACUUCACCUUUUUAGAUAUUUAUAUUUGUAUGUGAUAAUUCUACCAUGAUUAUUUAUAAAAUACCUUUGGGUCUGUCUCAUUACAUAAUCAAUGCUGACCAUAACAAUUCAUCAUGUACCACCACAACGUUUAAUAAUAUCAAAGAAAAAAAAAUCUUUCAGAUCAACUGCUCAGUCAAAAUAUUUCCUUUAAAAUUGACCAAUAGUCGCACAAAUUAUGGGCUACCACAGAAGAAACUUUUUUUUUAAAUUUUUGAUUAUUUUAACAUUCAUUGCCAUAUGUUUGUAAUUUAUAAUGUGACAAAAGCUAUGUCCAUACAUUUUUCAAUGCAUUCCAAAAAAUUGUUUACCUUUUUGUAGAGCUCUUUUUCUAUGUUGCUUUCCUGUAACCACUUUCCCCUCCCCCCUACAACCCUAGCAAAGGAAUGAGUAGCUAUUUUAGUGUCAUCACUUUUAAAAUUUGUGAAAUGUGUCAGUCAUACCAAUAAGAAAUUUCCCCACUAGUUCCCCUGACAACCAGUUUACAGAAAAGAACUAAAACAAUUAAGCCCAGCAUUUUCCAAACUGGCAGGUGUCAACUAGUGCUAUGUAAAGGUAAAAAAGAACUGUAUGAAUACAUAAAAAUAUACAGCUAUAAAAUAAGUAAAUACAUGGAGUAUAAAAAAUUAUUGAACUCCUCUGAAGACACAGUUAAAAAUAGCAUUUAGAAUGUGUUUGAUCCCAGUGUCAGUAUCCUUUAUUUUCUUUCUUAUAACCAUUUCAAACAUGAUAGGUUCACUGUUUUUACUUAUAGACCAAUGUUUAAUGUGAAAGCUCUACAGGAAAUAGAGAGGACAUGGUUGACAAGAUUUUAUGAUUUUUCAAGGUGGCACCAAAUGUUUGGCUUUUCCAACAGCUGCUUAGCCACAAAUAGUUUGGAAAUAGCUGUCUCAGUUUAAUUUUUUGUGAUGUAAAGAUCUCAUUUUAAAAUACAUUUGAAAUGCUGCUUGAUCUAGCUUUUAAGUAAACUUGUUAUGCCAUUUUAAAAUGAAAUCAAUGUUGAUGAAGUAAAAACUAUUUGAUUAAAGAGACUGUUUUGAUGA